UCUCUGCUGGCAGCCAUGAGGCAACCGUCACAGAUAGAGUAGAGGGGACAGAAAAGAACAGACACAGUGUUCUGGGCUUUCCAUGCUUGUGACUUCUUCCCUGUGAGCUAAAUUGGUCCAAACAUGUUUGUCACUCUGUGUUUGACCCUUCUGGUGUCCUCUGUCAUUGCCGCAGAAAAAGAAAGUGGCCUUCCAAAGCUUGAUGAUAUGAAAGCUGUUAAGGCCUUCAUCGACUCCACUGAAGUGGUGGUCAUCGGAUUCCUGGAGAACGAGGAGAGCCUUGGAUACGAGGAACUUCUGGCAGUUUCACAGAAAGUUGAUUUUGUCCCUGCAGCCAUUUGCACAGUGAAGGACGUGUGGGCUGACUUCAACAUCACUUCAGGAACCAUCAGCCUCUUCAGAAAAGCAGAUAACCAUCAGGAGAACCUAGUUCUUGGUGAGGUCAAGACGUUAAACUCUGAUGGACUUGUGAACUUCAUCUCCAUCAAUGAGGUCCGAUACAUCACAGAAUACGACCAAGUGACGGCUGUGGGCCUGUUCAAUUCAGAGGUGAAGACACACCUUGUGCUCUUUGCCAACAAGGGGAGUAAAGAAUUUACCGAGCUCAAGGAGAGACUGGGAGCUCUGGCCCCCGAGUUCACUGGCAAGUUCUUAUUUGUGCUUAUCAAUGGAGGCAUAAAGUCCAAUUUCAAGUCACUCAAUUACUUUGGCCUGAAGUCAACAGACCUGCCUCGAGUCGGGAUCUAUGAUGGACAUUCCGACAUGAAGUGGCUCCUACCUGAAGGAGAAAUUUCCACAGAGCGUGUGCGGGACUUCUGUCAAUCUUUUCUAAAGGGAGAACUGAAGAACGUGAAGCAAGCAGGAGAAGAGCCCAAAACAGAACUGUAAAACUCUCCCCAAAUGUAACCAAUUUAUUAAACAUCAAAAUAAAAACAAAUGUAUGAAAAACAGA